AAUGUCUUCUCGGAUAUCAACUUUUUCAAUUGGUUGAAUAAAGUCGCCCCACCACCACCACCACCGAUGCUUCAGUCGCAGCAUCGUCCAAGUCACCACAAACGUGCUGACAUUUCUGAACUUGGAUUUGAUCUACUAGGAGUAAAGAGGGUUAGAAACUGCGAAUUUUUGAUUUUCGACGAUGCUUACAGUCUAAAUGGGCGGACGUUCUGCGGCUCCGUGCUGUCGGCACAACGCGCACGACCAACGAGAGAGGCACUGGCACAGUGGCGAGAAGCUCGCGAGGAGGCGCAAAGGGCACGCAUUGAAGCCGAUCGGCAGCGACGCGAGGAAGAACUUGCCCGAAGACUCAAUGCAACGUCUCCCACCCUCCUCACUGCCACCGCUUCUUCGAUUUACAGUGGCACUGACUCUCGUAACCCGGACGACCUAAUGCUCUAUUAUUUGUCUCUUAUAGAAAUAAGUCACGCUCAGAGCAGGCAAGCAAUCCGACGUAUUGAGGCGGCAUUGCGCAGCACGUCACAGAUUGCAGUGCAACCGGCAGCCCUGAGAACAGAGGAGGAGAGGCGUCGGCAACAGCCACAUCCUCUUGUAGCGGCCCUGUUGGCAGGGGGUAGGCGACAGCCGUUGGGAGGAGAUAGGCGCUCCUGGAGUCGACGUGGAGGCGCCGGAGGGCAUCGCUACAAUCCCUAUUCGCGUCUCUGA